UUUGAAAAAUUUUCAAAUUUAAGAAAUUUAAUAGAAUCUCACCCAAAAUUGUUGAUUUUACGAGUGAUGGCUUCGAUCAAAACCUUAUCCGAUGCUGUAAAAGCAGAAAAUAUUGAAAAAGUGAAGGAAUUUUUGGAAAUCGAUCCUAACGAGCCAAAACGCCCGAAACGCUCAACGUGCCUCUUCUAUGAGUUUCAUGAAGCAAUAAGAUCGGGAAACUUGGAAAUCACAAAAAUUUUUGUGGAAUGUUGGACUUCGGGCUUAUAUGAACCAAACUACUUGGGCUUUGACACGUUGACGGGUUUAUUGGAUCAAAAUUACGCUGAAACCAAAAAAUUGGAGUUUCUUCAGUACUUAUUGCCUCAAGUUCUUGCAAAAUAUCCAAAUAGCGAUCAUUUCAAGGAUAUUUUGGAUGUCGUUUUGCGUUAUUGCGUUCAAGAACACUAUCUCUUGGUCGAUUAUUUGAUGAAUCUCUACUACUCGGAAGAGCAAAAUACUUUGUUUCCGCUUUUGAAGGAACUUCAGAACGCCAUUGAUGACUGUCAGCCACUCAGUAUCUUCCUUCAUAGCAAAAUCCGCUGUUUGAUUCACUUUUUUGCGUAUUAUUACAACAACGACAUGUGCCUUUUUUGGUUUUUUUACGAGAUGGGCAAGACUUUUGCCAAGUUGUUGCGAAAAAACACGCCAGAAACCACAAAACUUGCUGCUAAAAUCAUGAAAGUGCUUUUAGACAAGAAUUUCAGCAAAGUUUUCAAAACACUCAUGGAUGCAUGUGAUUCAAAAAUGCUUGAUAAUGGAGAAACAGAUACGAUCAUGAUGCUUCAGAAGCGAAUUUUUCAAGCAAUUUACUACUUGGAUGACGAUCCCGCGACUGAGACAAAGAUUUUUGAUAUCUCACACACCUGGUUUCAAUUUUUAUUCGGCGCCAAAGAAAAUGACAAAUUAUUUUCGGAGACAUUUAAAUGCUUGGUUCCGUUUCUGAUCAAACAGGAACAUUUAUUCGAAAUGGCAAUUCUUUUGCUUUUCUGCAAUAAACGGGAAGUUUGUGAUUUGGACGAGUUGGUGAAUUAUAAUAAUGCACGGGAACGAAAAACGUUGCAAGAAAAGUGUCGUGACUUGAUUAGACAACAGAUUUCAUCGAAUGUCGAGACUGGCAAGGACUUUGUGAAUCAAGUUUGGGCUUUGCCGUUGCCAAAAAUACUCAAAUGCAGCUUGUUGGGCAUUCCGAAUGCUGAUUGGAUGAGUGACUUGGAAAUGAAUUGAUCUCUUUUGACACUUUUUUGUACUUGAAUUUUAAUUUUUGAAUAAAAUUUUCUUACU